UCUCCACCGACACAAUCGAUUCAAUAUAUAGAGCGAGCGACUUUCAUAUUUUGUCGGGAGAUCUGAAUUUCUUCCUUCCGCAGCCAACCAUCCUUUUUUCCCGUUCAAGAUUUACAGUUUAGCAGAAAAGCGUUCAGUUCAAAUACAGUAAAAUGACAAGCAUUGAGACGGAGAGCGGCUUGUUAAGAGAGUGGGAGCUGAGGCCCGGCGGAAUGCUGGUACAGAAACGCACCGACAGCCCGGCGCCACCCACCAUCCGCGUUCGGGUCAAAUACGCUUCCAUUUAUCACCAAAUCCACAUCAGCUCACAAGCCACCUUCGGGGAGUUGAAGAAGAUGCUGGUGGGGCCUACGGGGCUGCAGCAGCAGGAUCAGAAGCUGCUAUACAAGGAUAGAGAGAGAGAUUCCAAGGCGUUUCUUGACAGCGCGGGAGUUAAGGACAAAUCCAAGAUGGUGCUGGAGGAGGAUCCCAUUAGCCUAGAGAAGAGGUAUUUGGAGAUGAGGAAGACUGCCAUUAUGGAAAAGGCUGCUAAAAUCAUCUCCCAGAUCAGCUUGGAGGUCGAUAGGCUCGGUUCCCAGGUCUCCGCCCUGGAAUCUGUGGUGUCUAGAGGUGGGAAUGUCGCUGACAAGGAUGUUGCCAGUCUGGUCGAAAUGCUGAUGAAUCAGUUGCUCAAAUUGGAGACCAUCUCUGCUGAUGGUGAUGUCAAACUCCAGAGGAAAAUGCAGGUGAGGAGAGUGUGCAAGUAUGUGGAAACUCUUGAUUCGAUGAAGAUGAAGAAGCCUCCAGAGGUAGAGGAUUCACCAAACCUAGGGCAGCAACCGGCGGUGAUCACCACGGAGUGGGAGAUGUUUGAUUCUAUUCCGACCACAGCCGCCCCGGGGCAUCCUAGUAAUUUUACAUGGAAUCUGCUUUAACUAUGUUUGUUGCACUAGCUGCGUUGGAUUGGUAUCAAUUCUCCAUUCUUUUGUGUAUUUACCAUCCCAUACAUAUAGAAGUCCUUAUUCACACUUGUCAAAAUAAAUGGGGCUACUACUACUGUUGUUACCUUCCAUAGAUACUAAUUGCUCUCA